ACAUUCGUAAUAUAUAGCAGAGGUCUGAGAAACAUGAUGUCUAUCACCGCCGUUGUUCUGAUGGGUGCCACCCUCAUGAUGUUUUCUACUAUCACCUCUAGCGACGGUCAAACUAUCAACGUGGACUUGAAUAAAGGCUUUAACUACAACACACCUUUGUACUGCUCGGCAAUAGUCUCUGGGCUCUCGGACUGUAAGCCUUCUGCUUGCUUCUGGUCGGGGUCAAGGUCAGAGUGCUGCAUGAACAAGGCUACUUCAGUGUGUAAAUGCAGCAGCAAAGUGAAUUGCCCAGUUGAACCGGCCCUUAAACUAGAGGAUGGGCCACCAAAUUAUUGUGAACCCAAAGAGAUCAGGCCACCCGUGCUGAGCAAGACGUGUUCAAAUUUCAACAACUGUUUUACUGCAUCAGGCAAAGUUAAUUGCUGUUAUAGCAUUGAAGUUCAAGGUGGGAAGUAUGUUCAAAGUUGUCUCUGUCUUCAAGAAGAAAAAUGUUAGUUAAAAAGGGAGUUUGACGCCAAUCCAACUGCAAGAAAUACAUCCAAGUUGUAUAAUAAAUAAGUUUGUUGUGUUUCAUUACAAUAAAAUAAAAUACUGUAAGAAAUUAAUAAAGAACAA